AUGGAAGUACGCGCGUCGCAUCUUCUCGUGAAGCACCAGGGUUCCCGCCGCGCGGCGUCGUGGAGGGACCCGGACGGCGUCGUCAUCACCAAGCGCACGAAAGCCGCGGCGAUGGACGAGCUCAUGGCGUACAAGGCGGAGAUCGACGCCGGCAACGUCACCUUCGCGGACCUCGCCGCGAAAGUCUCCGACUGCUCGUCCGCGAAGCACGGCGGCGACCUCGGCUUCUUCGGCCCUGGGAAGAUGCAAAAGGCGUUCGAGGACGGCGCGUUCGCGCUGGAGGUGGGCGCGAUGUCCGGCGUCGUGGACUCGGACAGCGGACUGCACAUCAUCUUGAGGACCGCGUGA